GCUGACCGGAGUGGACCAGGUCAGGCAAAGCAGAUCAGCUCAGUGUAUGAGGAGACUGCAUCCACACAGCAGUAUGAAAGUGAAAGAGACGCUCCUAUUUUCUUUGCUUGGUCAUCUCCUCAUAAUUGGGAUUUGGUCUGACUGUGUUCCUCGCCAGUGUCUGAAAUAUAACUGCACAGGAGAAAAUCUGACAAGGACUACUCCAGCUAAUUUUUGUCAACCCUGCCCAGUUAAUGAAACCCAGUGCAUCGAAACAGACGCAGAUACUCUACAAAGGUGCCGAAAAGAUUUUAAGGUGUUUCUCAACAGCAGCAGGACAGUUGACUUGCAGGAAGGCGAUACGGUCACUUUUCAAUGUGUCGAUCGCGUGCCCGUGCCGAAUCCGGUGUUUGAGUGGCGGAAAGACAACAAAACCCUGGAGGGGAAAAAUAAGAGCUCGCUGAAACUCAAGGUGUUCACCGAUGAUGCAGGCCGCUAUCACUGCAUUGUCAACAGCACAUGUGGCAUUUUCCUGUCUGCCUCAAAGACCGUCACUGUAAAAGACAGCACUCUGGUGAUUGUGGUGAUCUGUGGUGUGGCAGCUGUGGUGCUGAUGCUGUUUCUGGGGCUGGGUAUGAAGUGGAAGCUGCAAAAAGAGAAGGCUGAACAUAAAAGGAGGAAGGAGCAGAGGGCAAGGGAACAGCAAAGCGCUCCAACUCAGAUGCCUGCAGAUAGCUAAAUAACCACUAUUUUUUUUCACAUUCAUACAAUAAUUCACAGUUGUGUAAAUGUUAAUAUGUGAUUGCUGUUGUUGCUGUUGCUGCAUGUAGAAUAACGUCAAAUGUUGUAUUUAUUAUAGAGAAUAAAAUCUAAAAACCUUUAAGUAUGCAUUUUU